AUGAACGGAUACGGCGGCCAGCAGGCGCCCCCGGCGUCGCCAUGGGCGGAGCACCACACGCCAGAUGGAAGGGCGUACUACUACAACAGCGCAAGUCAGGUUACGCAAUGGACGAAGCCAGAGGAGAUGAUGACGCCAGCAGAGCGUGCCCUGUCGUCGCAACCAUGGAAAGAGUACACGGCCGAGGGCGGGCGCAAGUACUGGUACAACACCGAGACGAAGCAGAGCUCCUGGGAAAUGCCCGAUGUAUUCAAGGCUGCCCUUGGCCACGGCGGUGCACCAUCCGCGCCAUCGUUUAAUCAAGGCAACGCGCAGGCAGGCUACGAUUCCCACCGCGACGGCCGCGAUGGCCGUGAUGGUCGUGACGGACGCGACCACCGUGAAUACCGUGACAAUCGUGACCAGCGCGACCGCCGUGACCGAGGAGAUCACAGGGACCACCGUGAUUACCGCGACCGCGACCGCGACCGCGAUUCGUACGCUGAUGCCCGACAAAUCGCCGCACCCAUCGACCCCAAAAUCAAGGCCUUUGUGCCCGCCAACGACGAACCCGACUACGCUACACUCGAAGAGGCAGAGGCUGCCUUUGCAAAGCUGCUUCGUCGCAGCGGUGUGCAGCCAGACUGGACUUGGGAGCAGGCUAUUCGCGCUUCCGCCAAGGAUCCGCAGUUUCGCGCCAUCAAAGACCCUAAGGACCGUCGCGCUGCUUUUGAAAAGUACUGCCAGGAUGUCGUCAUGCACGACAAGGAACGCGCUGAGGAGAGAAUGGCCAAGCUGCGAAGCGAUUUCGAGACUAUGCUGAAGCGCCACCCCGAGAUUAAGCACUACACGCGAUGGAAGACUGCGCGACCCAUCAUUGAGGGCGAGACAAUCUUCCGAAGCACGAGCAACGAGAACGAGAGAAGGCAUCUCUUUGAGGAAUAUAUCCAGGGACUCAGGAGAGCUCACAAGGAGCAGCAGUCGAAUCUCCGCAAAAGCGCCAUGGACGGUCUCCUGGAUCUGCUACCAAAGCUCAACUUGGAGCCAUUUUCCGACUGGCCCAAAGCUCAGAAGGCCCUUUCCUCUACGCCCAACUUCCAGGAUGACGACAAGUAUAAAUCUCUGACCCAGUUUGACAUAUUGACAGCGUUCCAAAACCACAUGAAGGCACUGGAACGCGCUUUUAAUGAUGCCAAGCAGGAGGAAAAGAACAUGACGCUACGACAGGAGCGCAAGGCCCGGGAGCAUUUCAAGCCUCUGCUUGCCGAACUUCGACGUGAUGGAAAGAUCAAGGCUGGAACUACAUGGUCACAGAUCUUCCCACUUAUUGAAAAGGACGAGCGCUACAUUGCCAUGGCUGGUAACGCAGGCUCGACAGCCCAGGAGCUCUUCUGGGACGUCAUGGAAGAGGAGGAGCGCAACCUGCGUGGUCCCAGAAACCACGUGUUUGAUGUUCUUGAAGACAAGAGGGUUGAAAUCACACCCACAAGCGAAUUAGAGGAGUUCAUGUCCAUUAUGAAGGAUGAUCGACGCACUGCUAACAUUGAUCCUGAUAUUCUUAAACUCCUCUUUGAUCGGCUGCGCGAAAAGCGAACCUCGAAGCGUGACGAGGACAGGCAGCCUGACCGCCACCAGCGCCGAACAAUGGACGAUCUCCGCGUCUAUCUGAAGCGCAUGGAUCCUCCCGUCGCCCUCAGUGACACUUUUGACAAGGUACGACCACGAAUACUGAAGUCUGCAGAAUUCCAGUCGCUCCCGGACGAUGCCCUCCAUAGCGUCUUUGACAGACACAUGCGCCGGCUUCGCGAGAAGGAGGAGGACUUGGAACGAGGCGUGCGACGAUCCAGCGAGCGCGACGUGUCGCGCCGAGACGGCGACCGCGCGCCGCGCAGCGAACGGUCACACCGUAGCGGUGGUGCCGGCGGACGGCGACGCAGCCGCAGCCCUGCGGAGCUGGAUCCCUACGAGGCGGACAGGCGCAAGGCUAUUGCCGAGCGUGAGCGCAAUCAUCGUAAGUCCACCAUGGCCGAGAACCUACUGGCUAGUGAGCGAGGCAGCGGUCGGCUCUCGCCGCCGCCGCCGCCGCCGCCGUCUUCGCGUCGCGACCGAGAUGCGCGCGACCCGCGCGACUAUGAUCGCCCGAGCCGCCCGCGACGGGGCGACGACGAUCGCGAAUACGACCGCCGCGACAGAGAGGAGGAUCGGUACCGCCGUCGGGGUGCGGAUCGAGGUUCGUAUGACGAGCUCCCCUAUGGUGAUGAACGUCCGGCUGGUGCGCGCCGUCGCCGCCAGGACGAGGAAGAUGACUAUUCGAGGAGAGACUCGAGGGAUUCCAAGCGAGCGAGAAGGGAUCGCUCCCGCGAACGCACUCCUGCCCGCGACGAGCGCCCACGGGCCAAGACGCCUCCUCGGGCUGCAGCCGCCACCGCCGCCGCACCAGACGCGGGUAAGGACAAGGACGCCGAGAUGUUGAGCGGCAGCGAAGAGGGAGAGAUUGAGGAGUAA